AUGAUCUCAUCCGUCGGAUCCCAAAACAGCUUCGACGCGAUACAUCUCGUAACGACUGUGACAAACCAGCCGUCAUCCGCUCACAUAAACGGGAUGAACACGGAUUAUAUCCGUCGGAAGACUUUCUUCAAGAUCCUCCGCAGACGUGCGCGCACCACGCAGCUUUCUGGCCCCCCUUCUCCGAGCUGGCUCUUCGGUGUUGGCCACAUCUUGCGAGCUGCGUCCGACGCUGCAUCCAUGUAUGAAGGCUGGUCGCACGCGCACGGCUAUGUGUAUGCACUGCCAGCCGCAUUCAGCACGCGCAGGAUCAUACUCAUGGACAUGGAUACCAAAGCGAUUGCACACUUUUGCGCACGGGACACAUACGGGUACGUACAAAUGAAACAGUUGAAGGUCGCGGUCCAGGCUCUGCUUGGAAAUAGAAUCCUGUCGGCCGAAGGAGACUCCCACAAACGCCAGCGCAAGACCCUCACUCCUGCGCUCAGCAACGUCACCAUUCGGCAGCUGACCCCAAUUUUUUUCGAUUCUGGGUGCAAGGUCAAGACCGCUUGGGAUGCGUUAAUUGAAGCGGGGACAACGGAUGAGAGCUUGAUCGAAGUUCAGACAUGGAUGAACAACGUCUCGCUCGACAGCAUCGGCCUCGCCGGCUUUGCUCACGACUUCAACACGCUGCGGGGCAAGAAGCCGACUGUCGCGGCAAUACUAGAUACCUUCGGCAAUAGCGUACCUUCCACGCUACAGGGGAUAAUAUUAGUUCUUGCCCCGGUGGUGCCCUGGCUCAUGAAGCUCCCGACGCACCGCAGGCGCAUGGUGCACAGGCUGAACCGGCGUAUGGGCGAGAUUGUAGAUGUCAUGCUCGAGCGCUCGCGCGGGGUGGGGGGAGAGAAGUAUCUAGAGAGGUCAGUCAUAGGGCUCUUGCUAAAAGCGGAGAGGAAUAAGGAGGUGAUCUCUCAGGACGAGAUGAAAGGCAUGAUCAUGGCAGGAUACGAGACAACCUCCAGUGAGACUCAUUCCCUUCUCUCCUCCUGUUUAUCGUCCUCUGACUACACCUCUUCACCAGUCGGCCUCACCUGGGCACUAAUCGAGCUGUCGAAGAACCUAGAAAUCCAAACGAAGCUUCGCGACGAGUUGGCCCAAUUCGGCACAGUCGAUCCCACAUGGGAUCAGUUGACAAACAGCCUCCCGUACCUCGACGCAGUCGUACAAGAGACGCUACGGACCCACCCACCGGUAUUGGAGGUCACCCGCCUUGCCAUGGAAGAAGACGUGGUGCCCCUGAGCACGCCCACGCGCGCAGCAGACGGCUCGAGUGUAGAUCGCAUCGCGAUUGCGCACGGAAUGCUCGUCACCGUGCCGAUCGCCGCAAUCCAACUCUCAGAAGAUGUCUGUGGAUCGGACGCGAAGAUGUUCAAGCCCGAGCGGUGGCUCACCAACGACAAUUCCGACGCCGCGCGCGCGCGCGAGCUGGCGGGGCACCGCGCUCUGCUCGCGUUCUUCGAUGGCCCUAGAAAGUGCCUCGGGAAGGCCUUCGCGCUCGCGGAGUUCAAGGAACUGCUGUCUGUGCUGGUGCGGAACUUCGCGUUCGAGCUCCGUGACGGGCCGGGUACGAAGGUCGAGACGAAGGUGGCGAUUCUGCCGCGCCUUGCAAUCGAAGGGGAGAAGGGGACGCGGGUGGGGGAGAAGGGGACGCGGGUGCCGCUACGUGUUAGAAGGCUAGGCUGA